UAUCGAUAAAAAUGUAAUUUGGGUUUUUGGAGAGUUCCCCAAAAUUUAGUUUGAUGUAAAAUCUCAUUCAGUUCGAUUCUUAUUUUGGCUUAUUUUCAAAAUUUAAAAGUAAAUAAGAGUUCUAGAAUCGAUGGCUGGCAUUCAGAUCUGCAUAUCCAUCUACCUAACUUUGCUGUGCUUUUAGGUGAGUCUAUCAAAUUUCUGGGCGAUUGUAGAAUAGCACAGCAUAUGGUGGAGGGAUCGAAUAGGAUUUUCACCUAUCGCGAUGCCAGUGGAUCACUACAGUUGCAGCGCAGGGAAAUCGUUCCAACCGGCGUCACACUGCUCAUGUACUGCAAUCCUUCGGACAUGGUGGAAACUCAAUGCCAGGACAGCGGUCAGUUUUCAGUUCCGCUGCCCAUGAGAUGUGGCAAUCCAAUGCAACCGAUGACCACCCGGAUCCGGGAUAGCGAUUGCUCGGGAACCUUGUAUGCCGUGGGUUAUACGAUAGACGGAAAGAAUCUAGAACUAUAUCGAACCUGCUUUAAUGCCGCCCAGGCCAGGGUUUUGUACUCCCAGAGCGAUGUCUACUUUAAGACUUUCUUUCCAAGGAGACCGUUUGUGGACUUUGUGACCGAUGAGAUGUUCAGUCCAAAGGAGGCCGCUGCCUAUAUGAAGUCCAACAUAUAUUUCGCUUUCAAAUGCAUUUAUGGCGAUGACCAGUCCUACUUGCGAAGUGCCAACUCCUUGGUGAUCAAUCGAGGUCACCUGGUGGCCUCAGCGGACUUCCUGUUCGGUGACCAGAUGGGUAGUACCUUUCGCUAUCUGAAUGUGGUGCCGCAAUUCAAGUCGAUUAACGAUGGUAACUGGGAGAAAAUCGAGAGGUGGGUUCGUAGUCAGAUCCCGCAGUCGAGUUAUUAUCGCAUCAAGACCGGCGGAAUUGGCAUUCUGAAUUUACCAGAUGCCAGAGGAACCAUUAAGCCGGCAUUCCUCUCCGACUCCAAGAUCCCUGUGCCCGAGUGGACCUACAAAGUGGUCAGGGAUGCCAGUGGUAAUGGGCUGUACGUCUUCCUCACCUAUAACAAUACCUUCUCGCGGGAGAGGCCACCAUGUCUGGAAGUUUGUCAUCCGAUUAAUUGCCCCCUGGGUCUCCCGAAUAGCCCUGAUGAAGGAUUCACCUUCUGUUGCGAUCCCAGGCAGUUCCCACUCUGAAAAUUGAAGCAUUUGUGCAUAUUUCAUUCGAGGACUAUGCCAAAUUGUCCUGCGUAAUAAUCGCAGGCUGCAUUAUUUAGUAUUUUUAUUUAACAGACGCACACAAGUGGAAAAUGGGAAAAUCAGUUCCACGGCAAAAAAAAGGGUUUAAUAAAAUUUUCAGUAAAACUUUA